AUAACGAUAACAUCAUUAACGUCUAGGGAAAAGAGUAUUUAAAAAUAUUUAUAUGCCGCGUUUAUCAGUCGCGUAGUCCAUGCUGGCUAGAGCAUUCGUUCAGGCAUUUUUUAGCACAUCAUCAAAAAUGAGCCGAACACCUGAUCCCGCCAAAGUUCUUAUAAGAGAGCAGAUCGCCAAGAAAAUUUCGGAAUUAUCCAAAGAAGAAAAGAAGCGGCAAUCUGACAUCGUAUAUAAUAAAAUCAUCAACCACCCUCACUACAAGGCAGCGCAGCGCAUCACGAUCUUUAUGAGCACAAGCGACGAGGUGGAUACUGCGCCCAUUAUCGCCCACAUCCAGUCCCGGGGGGCAACAGCCUUCGUGCCCCAAUACGCUGGGGGCAUCAUGAGGAUGCUGAAGCUGGAGCGAGGGGACGAAGACAAUAUGCCGCUCACCAGGCACGGGAUACAGCAGCAUAGCAAAGAUCAGCAGAGGGAAGAUGCGUUGGAUGAAGGCAUAGAUCUAAUAAUAGCGCCUGGGGUGGCAUUCUCCCGCGACGGCGGCCGUGUCGGCCACGGGGGAGGUUACUACGACAAAUACAUCACCAAACUACGCCAGGAUCCUAAGACUGCGCCUAAGGUCGUGGCGAUAGCAUUCAACUGUCAAGUUCUGGAUAAAGUUCCGAUGAAUGAGCUAGAUCAGAGAAUAGAUGAUGUUGUGUUUGCUGAUGGUUAAAUUAAGACACUAUCUUUUACUCAAAAUAUAAUUUUCUACGAACAAAACAAUGAUUUAAUAACUAUUUACCA